CUUGGAGUUUGUGUAAGAUGUCCAAGCAACGUUAGAAGAAGAAACUUACCAACAAUUGGAGAAUGAUGCCCUUCAGGAUGAUGAUAAUUUUGGUGAUCAUAACUGUGGAGGUCCAGACGAGUCGGUCACAACGAGCCGUGAUCUUCUGUCACCACGUCAACGUGUCAAAAAUGGACAUCCCCGCUGAUAUUUCCAAUGAUACGCAAUGGCUGAGGGUACAGAAGACCAAAAUCCAAAUAAUUCCAAGGGAUGCAUUCGCUCGCUUUCAGGAUCUCAGGAAAGUGGAAAUCGUCAAAAACCAAGCCCUGAAAAACAUCUCCGGCUCAGCUUUCUCCAGGCUUCCUCGUCUAGAAGACAUUUACAUCUCACAAAAUGGUGCGUUGGAGUCAAUCGGAGAAUCGGCUUUUUCAGAUCUCCCUGAACUCAAACAUCUGACCAUCGCCACAUCCAAACACCUGACGUUCAUCCACAGAGACGCCUUCAAGAAUCUUACAAAGCUAGAGCUUCUGAUCAUCUCUAAUACGGGAAUCCAGACCUUCCCGGAUUUCUCCAAGUUGCACUCGAGUUUCAACUACUUGACGCUCGACCUGCACGACAACAGCCACCUACAGGAAGUGCCCGCCAAUGCAUUCAACGGCGCCUGCACGCGAAUCAUCGGAGACAUAAGGCUGGUCAUGAACGGCAUCAAGACGGUGGCGAGCGAUGCUUUCAACGGCACCAGGAUGUACAGAUUGUCUCUGAAGGGCAACCGGCAACUGAGUCACAUCCAUCCUCACGCCUUCGCGGGUUCCAGUGAGUUGGUCAAACUUGAAAUUUCACAGACGGCGUUGAGCUCGCUGCCAGACGCCAUCUUGGGCGGCCUUCAAGUUCUGAUCGCGGAAUCAGCGGCGCACAUGAAGAAGCUUCCUCCUCAACAAGCCUUCACCAGGCUGGAAAACGCCAAUGUGACGUACCCGUCGCACUGCUGCGUCUUAAGAACCCUGAUCAGGAACAGUUCCGUGCACGAACUGUGCUCGCAGCCGGGGGCCCGCGAGCAUCAUGCCUUCUAUCAGGCUCACUGCUUAGGGGUUUACAAUGCCACAUGCAGCCCGGCCCCCGACGACUUUAAUCCUUGUGAGGACAUCAUGACCGCCACCCCGCUGCGGGCUCUCAUCUGGGUGGUAUCCGUGCUGGCUUUGCUGGGAAAUGUAGUUGUGCUGCUGGUCUUGUUAGGCAGCGCAUCCAAGAUGACAGUUCCGCGCUUCCUCAUGUGCCACCUGGCGUUCGCCGAUCUGUGUAUGGGCGUGUACCUCUUGGUCAUCGCUGUCAUGGACGCGCUGACCCGGGGACACUACCACAACCACGCCAUCGAUUGGCAGACGGGCUUGGGAUGCGAGGCCGCCGGUUUCUUCACUGUGUUUUCCAGUGAACUGUCGGUGUUCACGCUAACGACCAUCACUCUGGAGCGCUGGCACACCAUCAAACACGCGUUGCGUCUGGACCGCAAGUUCCGUCUGAGGCACGCCUGCGCUGUCAUGACGGCCGGAUGGAUCUUUUCCAUCCUUGCCGCCAUCAUGCCGGCGCUGGGAGUCAGCAGCUACAGCAAGGUGAGCAUCUGCCUGCCGAUGGACGUGGAGUCGGCGUGGUCCCAAGCAUACGUGGUGUCGUUGCUUCUACUCAACAUGGUGGCCUUUGCAUGCGUGUGCGCCUGCUACCUGAGUAUCUACCUGGCAGUGCACCACCCAUCGGGCGCGCCGGCCCGCGCUGACGCCCGGGUGGCGCAGCGCAUGGCCGUGCUUGUGUUCACCGACUUCGUCUGCAUGGCGCCCAUCUCAUUCUUCGCCGUGUCGGCGGCGCUCAAGCAACCACUAAUCACUGUGUCAGACGCCAAACUGCUACUGGUGCUCUUCUACCCCAUCAACUCCUGCGCCAACCCUUUCCUCUACGCCUUCUUCACACGCGCCUUUCGACGUGACUUGGUCUUGCUGGCUGCACGUUUCGGCCUGUGCAGGGCGCGCGCCCACGGCUACCGUGCUGAUAGCUCAUCACAGCUCGUUGGAGCCUUCAUUGGGGCCGGACGUGGGGACAGAUGACGGAGUGGUGAUGGAUUGUGGACUAUUUGAGGACGCCUUGACAGAAUAAGGACAAGCACCUCGAUUGACAUCAUGAACUCAUUGGGCUUCCAUUGACGGAGAUCGACGUCCAAACUAUUUUGACUGGGAGGGCUGUCAGUGAUCAUUGGCGGGUUUCCUUAAAAACGAGCAACAAAAAUUAAGUCCGGUUGAGUUCUGUUUCAGAGUAAGCGCACCUACAUUACCCAUUGCGCACCCUGAAAUACAAGAGAUGAGAGUCAUUUGUGCACCCCCAAUUUGCUAAUUUUAAAAUUAUAAACUGUUACGUACACCCUAGGAUGUCGGUUUGGUCUCAACAUUGGUCGGGACGAUAUUACCGUAAUGCACAUAAUGCAAACAAUGAUCUAAAUAAGGGAUGGCAAGCAGGUUUUGCAGGUUAGCAAGUUUAAUGUUAUGCUAACUCUGAUGCAGAUCAGACUUUUAGUAGCAAAUUUAGUGGUGUUUCCCCCCACUUCCAUAACAUUGACGUCUUUUUACAUGACUUACAGAGGCUGCUGCUGGCCGAAAAAUAAAUUCUAAUAUCUCUCCUCACCAAACGGGGCAGAGGAGGCAGCAUGUUGUUGACAUGAAUCUGUUGGGGUUGUGUGAGUAUGUAUGUGUGUG